CAUUGCGGCUAUUUGUUUUAGUGUAGAAGCAAUCAAUUUAAAAGCAGUCCAUUUAAAUGGAAUUUCUAGAAUUCAUUUGAAUUAAUGUAUUUAAAUAUCAUCAAAUUGAACUGAAUUUUGGUCUACUACAUCUUGUAAAGAUGUUUCUUACUCGUUCGGAAUAUGAUCGUGGUGUCAACACAUUUUCACCAGAAGGGCGUCUAUUCCAAGUCGAAUAUGCCAUAGAGGCAAUCAAAUUGGGAUCAACAGCGAUCGGCAUUCGCACGCCUGAAGGAGUCGUUAUGGCUGUAGAGAAGCGAAUCACAUCUCCACUCAUGGAACCAUCAACGGUUGAGAAAAUCGUCGAAGUAGAUCGGCACAUCGGGUGUGCAACAUCAGGAUUGAUGGCUGACGCAAGAACAUUGAUUGAUCGUGCCCGUGUUGAAUGCCAGAAUCAUUGGUUCGUCUAUAACGAACGUAUGUCGGUCGAGUCAUGCGCCCAAGCAGUAUCAACCUUAGCCAUUCAAUUUGGUGACAGUGCCGAUGGUGGUUCAGCCAUGAGUCGGCCGUUUGGUGUGGCUAUUCUAUUCGCUGGCGUUGAAAAUGGCGAUCCGCAGCUUUGGCACAUGGAUCCAUCGGGAACAUACAUUCGCUAUGAUGCAAAAGCAAUCGGUUCUGGCAGUGAGGGAGCCCAACAAAACCUACAGGAUAAUUUCACGGAAAAUAUGACCAUCGUCGAAGCGGUCAAUCUAGCACUGCGCACACUGAAGCAGGUGAUGGAGGAGAAAUUAAGCUCAACCAAUGUUGAAGUGAUGAUCAUGAAGCCAAACGAUUUGUUCCAGAUGUACACCAAGGCAGAAGUGGAGAAAGUCAUCGAGACUCUUCAAUGAAUCAUCUUUUUGGCCUCUUUGAUAUCAUUAUAUGAACACAAAUUAUCAACAUUUCGGAAUGAAAAUAAAACAUACAUUUAAUUUUGA